AUGAGUACUGCUCAGCGCGUAUCUGCACUCACAGAUAUAUAUCACGCUCAUUCAUUCUUGAUACACUCAAUCUUGGCCGUUUUAUCAGGUUAUAUCGUGUUUGGAAUGGGUUGGUUCACUAGGUCAGAUUAUCAGCCAAAAGGACAGCACUGCUAUGUCACUGGAGGCACUCAAGGUCUAGGUAAAGCUCUGGCCGAGAGCUUGGUCAGACAAGGUGCUCAUGUUACGGUGGUAGCGAGAGAUGUGGUCAAGGGCGAGAAGACAUUGGCUGACCUGAAGGCCAUCGCUCAACCUCAUCAGAUCAUUCAAUUCAUCUCAGCCGACUUGACAGAUGCCAAAUCAUCUCAAGAAGCUUUGAUAAAAGCAUCCGAACCAUUCGACGGGAAAUGUCCAGAUUAUCUGUACCUGUGUGCGGGUUUCUCUAGACCCAAAUAUAUGAUGGACAGUUCGUUGGAGGAAUUCAAAGCUGGUUUUGAUGGUGUCUUCUGGGUAUCCGCUUAUACUGCUCAAGCCGCCGUCAAAACGAUGAUCCGACAACGUCGAACGGGUAGGAUAGUGUUUGUGUCUUCAUUCCUGGGAUACACAUCGUUUGCAGGAUACACCAAUUAUUCACCUGGGAAAUACGCUUUAAGGGGCUUGUCCGACUCUCUUCGCUCGGAAAUGCUGAUACACGGUAUCAAUAUUCACAUCUUCAUGCCGUGCGGUAUAGCGGGUCCAGGAUAUGAUGCUGAGAAUGCUGAAAAACCUGCUAUCACGUUCAAGAUUGAGGAGAACGACACUGCUAUUCAGCCUGCCGAGUCUGCCAAGGCACUAGAGCGAGGUCUGAGGAAAGGCUACUACUCGAUAACAGAUAACAUCGUAGCUGAUUUCGCACGAUUGCGAUCCGACGGUGGUGUUCCGGGGAACAACUUCUUUGCGGAUCUCUUUUACCUCAUCAUUAGCUCUUACGGAAUCCCCAUCUGGCGAAUGACCGCCGAUAGAGAUGUUAGAAAUGGUAGACAGGCGGUUUUGGAUGAUUACGAAGCUCGAGGAAUUUACGAUACACCCAAGACCAAAUGA